CCCGCAAAUUACAGUUUGUAUUUUUUGUCUGCUAUUUUCGCUACGAACUACGAAGUGUCAAGACAAUCGAUUGAAGUUUUAUUUUUGUCUGUUAUUUAGCUUUCCCUGAUAUUUGUUAAGAUGGACAAGGAAGUACAAAAAUGCGUCGAUGAAUUGAUGACUUCCGCAGGAGUAGUGGGCGUUUUGUGUGCUGACAAACGGGGAAUGUGCUUGACGUCUCAAGGUGUUGCCAAUCCAGACUAUUCUGGAUCAUUAACUUCACUCACACAGUUGGCAGCAACAAUAGAGCCUGGGAAAGGAGACCCUGUCAUCUUAUUUGAGAACCAUGGAAGUCAAUGCCUGAUCCAUCAAAAUGCUGGAAUGACCCUUGCGGUUUACAAAACCAAUGGAUAGAUACUGAUACCGUUAGAAUUUAAAUUCUUGUUUUUGUCUUAUGCAUAUACACAGUCCUCAUAUUCUAAA